AUGCAAUACAAGACGUUUGCUAUCUUCUUCGCCACUACAGCAUUGGCUGCUGCCUCCGACGAUCCCACGCUUGAUCCCAUUCUCGAAUCCCUCGCCUCGGUGCCCACGUGGGUUGCAGAUGCGCUGAGUAGCGCUGAGCCGACAGGUUGGGACUCUUCCCUUAGGUCUGACUUUGCAUUCCUGUCCUCUGUGUUAGCUGCAGAAAAUGCCGGGACUAUGCCGGCCUGGUACAGCAACCUCCCUGAGAGCGUUCAACAGUGGGAAAUCACAAAAGAGGCUGCGAUCGUUUCUUACGCCCAAACAGUCACCCAAAACUGGCCCACCUUCACCAACUCGUAUGCCACUGAUACAGCUAGUGUCACAAGGACUUUGUCUUCAUCUUCGGAUGCCAGCACAAGUUCAGUCUCUACUGGCGGUGCCCCUGUUGUCACUGGCGGCGUUUUCAUGGGUCUUACUGGUGCAGCUGGAAUCCUGGGUCUUGCGAUUGCUCUUUGA